AUGAUUACGAGGUUAUUAUUAUGUGGAAUAUUAAUGUUACAUUACCAAGUAGAUGCUUUGAAAGAUUGUAAGACACGUGUUGAUGUGCUGAAUGGUAAUGAUCUGUCGGAAGGCUUAGCGGUCUUUCUCACUACCAAACUAACAACCAAUAGUCCAUCUCAAUGUGCAUCAGAAUGCUUUCGUAGACGAUGUGAUGUGGCUUAUUUCCAUUGGGAUAGACGGGAAUGCCAGUUCACAUCUAAUUCAUCUUCAUCAUUAACACUUGAAUGUGAGGAUUAUCAUGCUAGCCGUCUGAUCGACGAAAAUCCAGAAGUUGAUACGACACAGAGAUUUUGUAUUAAAUGCAAGAAAUUAACGACGAAUCAAGUUUUUGGGAACAGCUUGGCAAGAUCGUCGACUGUUUCUCCUCCGCCUCAAGCUAAACAGCUCUUCACCAUUCCUACACGGCCUACGCGAGUGUAUGUAGACUGGCAUCCAGCCAAAGCUUCGGGUUUCAGGGACAGACGAGUAGUUCAAACGAUCCCUGUUCCUCCAAGACCCACACAACGCUUGAUGUUAGCCAGAAUUGCUCAACCUGUUCAGCCCAUCUUAUACAACACGGAUUCUUCCGUUCAAGUUCAUAAAUCAUUCAAUCGUGGACAAUCAAGAGGCUACAUUGGAAGAACGCAUAGCUCGCUAGGCUAUCGGAGACCGUAUGGUGUUAGCCAUUAUAGAAUUCGUGGAUCAAAUGGAAAAGCGAAAGUUGGAAGGUUUUUCCAUCAUCGGAUAAGCCAGCAGCGUACAAGUGAUCCAAAGUUGAAAACUCGAGGAGCUGGAAUAGCUUAA